CGCAGUAAGUCUCGUGACAUUCUCAGGCCAAAACGGGUUCAGUUUGCGUAGGCAUAAAAGUGGUCAGCGCAGCUGAGAAUGGAAGCUUUAAUACCGGUGAUUAAUAAACUGCAAGAUGUCUUCAACGCAGUCGGCACUGAAGGGGUACAGUUGCCAGAAAUUGUCGUGGUAGGCGUCCAGAGCUCUGGAAAGAGUUCUGUCCUGGAGAGCUUGGUCGGGCGAGACUUUCUCCCACGUGGUUGUGGCAUCGUCACUCGAAGACCCCUGGUUCUCCAGUUGAUUCACAUCCCCCCUGAAGACCCCGUACACAGUUCUGCGGACGAAGAAAAAACAGACACUCCGGAUCCGGAUGAGUGGGGGACGUUUCUGCACACAAAGGACAAAGUCUACAGGGAUUUCAACCUCAUUCGUGAAGAAAUACAAGCGGAAACAGAUCGUUUGGGAGGGAUGGAUAAAGGGAUUCACCCUGAACCUAUAAACCUGAAGAUAUUCUCACACAGGGUAGUAAACCUGUCUCUAGUAGACCUACCAGGGCUAACCAAGGUUCCCGUGGGCAACCAGCCGCAGGACAUCGAGACGAUGAUUCAUGGUCUGGUCUUGAAGUACAUAAGCAACCCCAACGCCAUCAUACUGGCUGUGACCCCCGCCAACACCGAUUUCGCCACUUCGGAGGCAAUGAAGCUAGCAAGAGAAGUAGACCCUGAGGGGCGGCGUACCUUGGCUGUGAUCACCAAGCUUGAUCUCAUGGACGCCGGAACAGAUGCUAUGGACGUUCUCUGCGGACGCAUCAUUCCGGUCAAUCUGGGCAUCAUCGGCGUGGUCAACCGAUCACAGCAAGACAUCAACAACAACAAGACCAUGCAAGAUGCCCUCAAGGACGAAGCUGCAUUUAUUCAACGCAAGUACCCUUCGAUAGCCAGCCGGAACGGGACACCAUAUUUGGCCAAGACUCUUAACAGGUUACUGAUGCGCCACAUUAGGGAGUGUCUGCCAGAGUUGAAGACCAGAAUCAACUUUCUUGUCGCCCAGUUCCUCUCCUUGCUCAAUUCUUACGGCGAUGCCAUAGACGGCAAAGGCCAAACUCUGCUGCACAUAAUCACCAAAUUCUCGACGUCGUACUGCGGCACAAUCGACGGCACAGCGCGCAAUAUCGAGAUGACGGAGCUGUGUGGGGGCGCUCGCAUCUGUUACAUCUUCCACGAGACAUUCGCCCAUUCCCUGGACUCCAUCAAUCCAACGAGCGGUCUUAAUAGACUAGAAAUUCUCACAGCCAUCCGAAACGCAGCGGGAACACGACCUGUGCUAUUUGUUCCGGAAGUAUCGUUCGAGCUGCUCGUCAAACGUCAGAUCCGACGGCUCCAGGAGCCCUGCUUUCGCUGCGUUGAACUCGUACAUGAAGAAAUGCAGCGAAUAGUUCGACACUGCGGUUCUGAGGUCCAGCAAGAAAUGUUGCGCUUCCCAAAGCUGCUCGAGAAAAUUGAGGACGUUGUGACUCAACUGCUGCGAAAAAGACUGCCGCCCACCAAUCAGAUGGUGGAAAACCUGAUCACGCUAGAGCUGUCGUACAUCAACACGCGGCAUCCUGACUUCACUGACGCUGCCCUGUUGAGCACAAUUCCCAGAGUUCCUGACCUGGGUAAACGCAAGCACCUUCAAGACUCGUGUGAGCAGCAACAGAAUGAAAGCAAUCAGUCCUGUCAUAGCGUAGAUGAAAACGGUGCAGUCGACAGGGCGUCUUCGAGUCUUCAGCCACUGCGAACGGGAAGUGGAACAGGAAAAACAAUAAUCGCCGCGGAGUGGUUUGCCAAUCUGGUUGGGUCGGCAGCAGGGAGCGUGCUGUCCUCUUCCGGUAGAAAUACUCCACCUGAAAACGUGGCGCCCAGGCCAUUGCCAUUGCAACCAAGACCGAGGUCGCAAUUUGCUGCAAAGCCUGUCAAUCUGCUUCCUGAAGUGCCAAGGACGACCAGGAGGGAGACCGUCUCGUUAAGAGAGGAGAGAGACUGUGAAGUGAUCGAGCGCCUAAUUACCUCGUACUUCAACAUUGUCCGCAAGAACAUCCAGGACAGCGUCCCAAAGGCGAUUAUGAUGUGCUUGGUGAACUUCGUAAAGGACAACUUGCAGAGCGAGCUUGUUUCGCAGCUGUACCAGCAGAACCGGUUAGAUGAGCUGCUUCAGGAGUCUGAACAAAUAGCAACGAGACGACGGGAGGCCGCCGAAAUGCUUGAGGCUCUCCAAAAGGCGAGUGAAAUCAUCGGAGAAAUCCGAGAAAUGCAAGUGUGGUGACAGCAACUCCCCGUAAUGCUUGGGAUCAAUUUUUAAUAGCCAGCAAAUUAUUAGCAAGUUGCGUUUAAUCUCACGUCACUCGUCGCCUUGUCUUCAAGACACUUCACAGGGCCAUAACUGCGCGGAUGAUAUAGUUGGUAGCUUUUUAUACGCACAUCGACCUUAAAUAACGAACGUUCUUGAAAAGCGUGUAUUUUGGCCGCUAUUGAGCUAAAAAGCUGCCAUUCAUCUGCCUUCGUAGAAUAUUGUGUGCGCAGUGUUGUGCAGUAAAAUUGCUUCGCAGUGCUUUGCGCUGAUGUAUUACCUCUAUAGUUGCCCUAUUCUACAUUUUAUAUAGUCAUACAUGUAAUAAAAAAUUGAGAAUUUAGAAAAUAAAACCUAAAAAGCAUCAA